AUGACUCCUCCUCCUCCCAUCUGUCUCUUGUUGAGAAUAACAGGUUCAUCCUUUCUUGAUCAUGUACACCACCCGUCAGGUCCAUCCAAAUUAAAAUGUUUUUCCUCAGUAAAUAUCACUUUCUUGAAGUCGACAUGGUUUGUUAUCCAUCUUUUGGCGCUUCCCAGCCUUGCCUCCUUGUGUUUUCUCGUUAGUGUAAUUCUUUUCUUGAUUUUAGUAUACUUAAGUCCAAUUUCGUGUAGCUUCCUUUAUACAGUUCGAACACUGACGUCAAGUUCACACUUCUUUACUUUAUUCACUGUCACCUUUUCUCCAGAUAAUAACAACCUCGUAACACUCCUCUUCAUUCUUUUUUCUGUUCUCUUGGAAAUUGUUUUUUCCGUCCUCUCUUCUUCUUCUUCUUCCGCUCAUAGUCUGUACUUAGCAUGUAUUCAACUGUUGACUUCAGUAGCUUCAUCUCAGCGGCGGUCUUUUGGAUGCUGA